AUGGCCACGGCGGCUUCUAACCCCUACCUGCCGGGGAACGGCCUGCUGGCGGCCGGCUCCAUCGUCCACUCGGACGCGGCGGGCGCCGGCGGCGGCGGCGGCGGCGGCGGCGGAGGCGGCGGCGGCGCGGGGGGCGGCGGCGGCGGCAUGCAGCCCGGCAGCGCCGCCGUGACCUCGGGCGCCUACCGAGGGGACCCGUCCUCCGUCAAGAUGGUGCAGAGCGACUUCAUGCAGGGGGCCAUGGCCGCCAGCAACGGCGGCCAUAUGCUCAGCCACGCGCACCAGUGGGUCACGGCCCUGCCGCACGCCGCCGCUGCUGCCGCCGCCGCCGCCGCCGCCGCCGUGGAAGCGAGCUCGCCGUGGUCCGGCAGCGCCGUGGGCAUGGCCGGCAGCCCCCAGCAGCCGCCGCCGCCGCCGCCGCAGGGCCCCGACGUGAAGAGCGGCGCCGGGCGCGACGAGCUGCACGCGGGGACCGCGCUGCACCACCGCGGGCCGCCGCACCUCGGGCCGCCGCCGCCGCCGCACCAGGGCCACCCCGGGGGCUGGGGCGCCGCCGCCGCCGCCGCUGCCGCCGCCGCUGCCGCCGCCGCCGCCGCGCACCUCCCGUCCAUGGCCGCGGGCCAGCAGCCGCCGCCGCAGAGCCUGCUGUACUCGCAGCCCGGGGGCUUCACGGUGAACGGCAUGCUGAGCGCACCCCCGGGGCCCGGCGGAGGCGGCGGCGGCGCUGCCGGCGGUGCCCAGAGCCUUGUGCACCCGGGGCUGGUGCGCGGGGACACGCCCGAGCUGGCCGAACACCACCACCACCACCACCACCACGCGCACGCGCACCCGCCGCACCCGCACCACGCGCAGGGCCCCCCGCACCACGGCGGCGGCGCGGGGCCAGGGCUCAACAGCCACGACGCGCACUCGGACGAGGACACGCCGACGUCGGACGACCUGGAGCAGUUCGCCAAGCAGUUCAAGCAGCGGCGCAUCAAGCUGGGCUUCACGCAGGCCGACGUGGGGCUGGCGCUUGGCACGCUGUAUGGCAACGUGUUCUCGCAGACCACCAUCUGCCGCUUCGAGGCCCUACAGCUGAGCUUCAAGAACAUGUGCAAGCUCAAGCCGCUGCUGAACAAGUGGCUGGAGGAAGCGGACUCGAGCACCGGCAGCCCCACGAGCAUCGACAAGAUCGCGGCGCAGGGCCGCAAGCGCAAGAAGCGGACCUCCAUUGAGGUGAGCGUCAAGGGCGCGCUCGAGAGCCACUUCCUCAAGUGCCCCAAGCCCUCCGCGCAGGAGAUCACCAACCUGGCCGACAGCCUGCAGCUCGAGAAGGAGGUGGUGCGGGUCUGGUUCUGCAACCGGCGCCAAAAGGAAAAGCGCAUGACGCCGCCUGGGAUCCAACAGCAGACGCCGGACGACGUGUACUCGCAGGUGGGCGCCGUGAGCGCCGACACGCCGCCGCCGCACCACGGGCUGCAGACUAGCGUGCAGUGAGGGCUGGGGCGCCGCGACGAGAGGGCCGCCGCCGCUUUUUCCGCUGCCGCUGUCACCACCGCCACCGUCCCCGCAGCCCAAAGACCGGCAUGCAGGCCCUUGGAGGAAAAAAAAGAGAAAGAGAGACGGGCCGAGGAGACAU